AUGGCGGAAGCACUCGCAGACAAGCUCAAGGCGACAAACUUGAGCGAUGGUGCCGCAUCAGAUGACUGGAAGAAGAGCUUGAACCUGCCUGCUAGGGACAACAGACAGCAGACUGAGGAUGUCACAAACACGAAGGGUCUGGAGUUCGAAAACUUCCAAUUGAAGAGAGACUUGUUGAUGGGCAUCUUCGAGGCUGGUUUCGAGAAGCCGUCGCCCAUCCAAGAAGAAGCCAUCCCCGUCGCCCUAACCGGUCGUGAUAUCCUCGCCCGUGCCAAGAACGGUACUGGAAAGACUGCCGCCUUCGUCAUCCCCGCCCUCGAAAAGAUCAACCCCAAGGUCUCCAAGAUCCAAGCUCUCAUCCUCGUCCCCACUCGCGAACUCGCCAUGCAAACAUCACAAGUCUGCAAGACUCUCGGCAAGCACCUCGGAAUCAACGUCAUGGUCACUACCGGAGGUACUGGUCUCCGAGACGAUAUCAUUCGCCUCCAGGACCCCGUUCAUAUUGUGGUCGGUACCCCCGGCAGAAUCCUCGAUCUCGCGGGCAAGAACGUCGCCGAUCUCAGCGAGUGCCCCAUGUUCAUCAUGGACGAGGCCGACAAGCUUCUCUCCAUCGAAUUCACCCCUGUCAUCGAGCAGCUUCUCCAGUUCCACCCCAAGGACCGCCAGGUCAUGCUCUUCUCCGCCACCUUCCCCCUCUCUGUCAAGGACUUUUCCGACAAGAACAUGGUCAGCCCGUACGAGAUUAACCUCAUGGACGAGCUCACCCUGCGCGGUAUUACCCAGUACUACGCCUUUGUCGAGGAGAAGCAGAAGGUCCACUGCCUCAAUACCCUCUUCUCCAAGCUUCAAAUCAACCAGUCCAUCAUCUUCUGCAACUCGACCAACCGUGUCGAGCUGCUGGCCAAGAAGAUUACCGAGCUGGGCUACUCAUGCUUCUACAGUCACGCCAAGAUGGCUCAACAAGCAAGAAACCGCGUCUUCCACGACUUUCGCAACGGCGUGUGCCGUAACCUCGUCUGCUCCGAUCUUCUCACCCGUGGUAUCGAUAUUCAGGCGGUGAAUGUUGUCAUCAACUUCGAUUUCCCCAAAAACGCCGAGACCUACCUGCAUCGCAUUGGUCGCUCUGGUCGUUAUGGCCACUUGGGUCUGGCUAUCAACCUCAUCAACUGGGAUGACAGAUUCAACCUCUACAACAUUGAGAAGGACCUUGGAACAGAGAUUCAGCCCAUCCCUGCUAGCAUCGACAAGUCUCUCUACGUCUACGAGAACCCCGAGUCCAUCCCGAGACCCAUUUCCAACUUCCGCACCGGCCAGCCUAGCCAGGGCCAGCCGCAGCAGCAGCAGCAGCAGCCCGGCCAGAUCCAGGGCCAGCAAUUGCCCCUCCAGGGUGGCCCCGCACCGGGCAACUGGCAGACUCAGCAACCCCAGCAAGGCCAACAGAACGGAUACCAGGGCGGCGGCAGAGGCCGUGGCCGUGGCCGUGGUGGCUACCGUGGUCAGAACCGUGGCGGCUAUGGCGGCCGGGGACGUGGUCAAGGCCAGGGUCACCCCCAACCCCAAGGACAAACGUCUUAG